AUGGCAGAUGAUGGCACCACCGCCCGUCAACAGGUUGACGCCGGUGGCCAUGCAAACGCACGUCCAAACUCAUCCACCCCUCCUCCAUCUCCCUCCCAAACUCCAAGAAGACCACGCCGUGCCGGAGCCACUACACCGUCAAAGCUUUCCCCGGCGGCCUCUUCGUCAACAACUCAUCCACCGCCACCAACACCAACACCGCCUACCCCUUCUGCCGACCGGAUAAUAAUAGGCACUGCAAGAAAGUCGGUGAUCUGCCCGAUUUGCAAGAAAGAUAUGUACCAUGAGAAGGCGUUGUGUGGCCACAUCCGGUGGCACACACAGGAGGAGAGACUAGCGGCGAGUAGGGAUAUUGCCAGGGCGCUUUCUGCCAACUUUGUUUCUGGGCAACGCGGCGAUGGAGAACAAGGGCCGUCUAAGCGGUUCAAACUCCCGGAUCUUAACCACCCACCACCGCCGGAGGACGACGAGGGUGCCUGA